UUCAUUCGUGAAAACACGUGCGCGUGGGGUUGAUUUGAAAUUUUCCGGUUAUUUUUUGUUUUUUCAUCUCCCUGCUGAAGAUUAAAAAGUGUUUCGGUGGCUCCAGAUCCAAAAAUACAUAAAUAUCAGUUGAAAUAAAGAGAAUAAUGAUACACCUUUAAACGAUGGCAAUGACAGAACAGAAAAAGUUUGAUGAACUGGGUCUGAAACCUUGGAUCACAAAUCAGCUGAGCAAAUUGGGUCUUCGACGCCCGACACCCAUCCAGCAGGCAUGCGUUCCGGAAAUUUUAUCCGGCCGCGAUUGUAUUGGGGCCGCCAAGACGGGUUCCGGAAAAACGUUCGCUUUCGCGUUGCCCAUCCUGCAGAAGUUGAGCGAAGAGCCGACCAGUAAUUUUGCCCUGGUCCUAACUCCAACACACGAACUGGCCUACCAAAUAGCUGAACAGUUCAAUGUGGCCGGCCAGCCCAUGGGUGUUAAGGUUUGCGUGGUAACGGGUGGAACGGAUCAGUUGCUGGAAGCGCAGCGCCUUCAGAACCGGCCGCACAUAAUCGUUGCCAUGCCGGGUCGUUUGGCAGCGCAUUUGACCGGCUGCAAUACGUAUUCGUUUCGGGCCAUGCAGUUCCUGGUGGUGGACGAGGCUGAUCGCGUUUUGAGUGGAAACUUCGACGAGGAUCUGCAGGCAAUUGAUCGAUUCCUACCGAAAAAACGACAAAAUCUUUUCUUCUCUGCUACAUUGAAUAAACUUGUACGCGAAAGUAGCGUAUUUCCGAUCGAUGAACAAGCCUUCGAAUGGUCGGAAGAGAGCAAUGUGGCCACCGUCGAAACGUUGGAUCAACGAUACAUUCUUUGCGCAGACUACGAUCGGGAUAUGGUACUGAUCGAAACGCUGCGAAAAUUCAAGGAGGGCAGCGAGGACGCCAGUGUAAUCAUAUUCACCAAUUCGAAAAAAGAUUGUCAGGUGAUUUCGAUGACUUUAAAUACGAUUGGAUUUGCGAACGUGUGUUUGCACGGAUUUCUGCGGCAGAAGGAAAGAGUAGCGGCUUUAAAUAAAUUUAAAUCCAAACACGUUCGGGUACUGAUAGCAACGGAUGUAGCUAGCCGUGGUUUGGAUAUUCCCAACGUUCAAUUGGUGUUGAAUCAUCGACUGCCAAAAGUACCUCACGAAUACAUUCACCGAGUGGGUCGAACGGCUCGAGCUGGCCGCAAAGGAUUGGCGAUUUCCAUAUUUCGAUUCCCCAGGGAUUUGGAAUUCUUGGGAGAAAUAGAAGCCUUGAUCAACACCAAGCUAACGGAGCAUACUAUCGAUCAACGGCUGGUGGAACGGAUCUUCAUGCAAGUUAGUGUUGCCCGUAGGGAGGCGGAAAUGAAUCUGGACAAUAAAGAUUUUGACGAACGGCAGCACAAUUAUCGGCGCAAGAAAUGGAUCGAGCAAGGUUUGGAUCCGGAUGAGAUGGAGGAAAAGUGGAAACGAGAAAAGGAGUCCAGGGCGGAAGAACGUAAGCAACGAUUGCGUUCGGAAAACGAGGAAAGAAAACGCAGAGCCGAACAGGAGCUGGCUGCAGUGGAUGAUCGAUUUAAGGAUGCGGUUGGUAGUAAAAAGUUUAAGAAACGGAAGUUUGUUUCGGAAAAACAGAUAGAGGAAUUUGCGCAGAAACAGAAAAAGAGUAAGAGCGACAAGACGAAUGGUAAAACGGUGAAAAUAAAAAACAAAAAAGUGAAAAAAUAGGAA